GUAAGUCGUCAGUCAUUUUCAUCUUCUCUUUUUCUUUCUCCCUGCACUGACCGCUACAAUGGCGUACUCCAUGGCUAUGGUUGAGAACUUCAAGGAGGCCUUCUCCCUCUUUGACAAGGACAACAAGUCUGUCAUUGACGUUGCCAACCUUGGCCGUGUCAUGCGUGCCAUUGGCCUCGAGCCCUCGGAUGAUGAGCUCAAGAACAUGAUCACUGAGGUUGAUGGCUCUGGCAAGAACGCUGUCGACUUUGCCGAGUUCAUGAAGAUGAUGUCCAAGAACGGCACUGAGACCGCCAAGGAGGUCAAGGAGACUUUUGCCCUCUUCAACAAGAGUGGCAGCGGCUCCAUCUCCAAGUCGGAGCUGCAGGAGAUCAUGUCCGCGCUCGGCGAGAAGUUCGACGACAAGGAUCUGGAUGACAUGAUCAGCUCGAUCGACAAGUCGGGCUCCGGCGCAGUCAGCUUUGCGGACUUUGAGGCAUGCAUUGUCGGCGAGGAAUAAACUUCGCUUUAGUGUAUUCCGCGUUGUUCGUGUUCGUACAAAGGUCUUUUCCGCGUUGCUUUCCAUUUCGUUUGUGUCUCAUGUCCUCUUUGAAGAUAUCACCUCUAUCCGUCUCCCUUUUCAAACAACAAAAAAAUGGUCAAAAACAUGAAAUUCAUUAACAGCAGC